AGAGGAACAGAAUCCUUAUAAGGAAGGGUACCCCGAGAUGUGGGGGGAACCCGAGGCAGCGUACACACCUCCACCCGCCAAGAAACCCCGCAAGAACUCCGCUGAGAAGGCCAAGAUCAGAGAGGUGAUCGACGAAGGGACCAGAGAGAGACUCAUAUGUGAGGUCAAAAAGAAGACCAGGAACAUAGAAGAUAUCUGCAUCUCGUGUGGGAGCCUCAACGUGUCUCUGGAGCAUCCUCUCUUCUUCGGAGCGAUGUGUCAGGGCUGCAAAGUAAGAAACUCCAUCUGAAUGCCGA